GUUGAAGAAAGGAUUAUAAGAUUAUUCUCCACCUGAAAACAGCAUUCAAGUGGUAGACCCCAAGAUUUAGGAGACCUCUUUUUGUUAAAAAUCUUAUCAUAGCAUCAUACUUUUCCCCUACCUUCACCUUUUUCUCCUCAAUAUAUCAAACAAAUCUUAUAUCCCCUCUUCACCAUCUCUCUCUCUCUCUCUUUCUAUCUCUCUCUCUCUCAAAAAAAAAAAAAAGAGCUCCUAAAAUGGUUUUGGAUGUUUCAAAUGGGGAAAAAGACGAUACGGUUUCCCUUGAUUACAAAGGAAACCCAGCUGACAACUCGAAAACUGGUGGUUGGCUUGCAGCCGGACUAAUUUUAGGGACUGAGCUGUCUGAGAGAAUAUGUGUGAUGGGUAUAUCGAUGAAUUUGGUGACAUAUUUGGUGGGGGAAUUGCAUCUUUCAUCAUCAAAAUCUGCAAACACUGUGACAAAUUUCAUGGGAGCUUUAAACAUUUUAGCCCUUUUUGGUGGGUUUUUGGCUGAUGCUAAAUUUGGACGUUACCUCACCAUUGCUAUAUUUGCAUCUAUAUGUGCUGUGGGGGUGACACUGUUGACAUUAGCAACAAGCAUUCCAGGCAUGAGGCCACCUCAUUGUGAUCAACCUAGGAAACAACAAUGCAUAGAAGCUUCCGGAAGCCAACUAGCAAUGCUUUAUGUUGCACUUUACACAAUCGCGUUAGGUGGAGGGGGUAUAAAGUCAAACGUUUCGGGUUUCGGGUCAGACCAAUUUGACAUUUCUGACCCUAAAGAGGAGAAAAAAAUGGUUUAUUUUUUUAACCGGUUUUAUUUCUGUAUAAGUCUCGGGUCCCUUUUUGCGGUUACUGUGUUGGUGUAUAUACAAGACAAUGUGGGACGCGGUUGGGGGUACGGGAUUUCGGCGGGUACGAUGAUUGUGGCGGUUGUCGUGUUGGUUUGUGGGACCGCUUUGUAUCGGUUUAAGAAACCGCAAGGAAGCCCGUUGACGGUUAUUUGGAGAGUCGUGUUUUUGGCUGUUAAAAAUCGGAAGCAGACUUAUUCAAAUCCCGAGUUUUUAAAUGAUUAUAGCAACUCCAAAGUUCCACACACAAAGAGAUUCAGGUGUCUUGACAAGGCUGCAAUACUAGAUGAAUACGCGUCUUCAGAAGAAAACCGAAACAAUCCAUGGAUAGUGUCAACCGUGACACAAGUUGAGGAGGUCAAAAUGGUCAUAAAUUUAAUCCCGAUAUGGUCAACAUGUAUUCUAUUUUGGACUGUGUACUCACAAAUGAACACUUUCACAAUAGAGCAAGCUACUUUAAUGAACCGAAGCGUCGCGGGUUUUAGCAUACCCGCAGGGUCGUUUUCGGUAUUUCUCUUCAUAUCAAUUCUCCUAUUCACAUCUCUGAACGAAAGGGUGGUUAUCCCUAUAGCGAGAAAGAUAACUCAUGAUCCAAAAGGGUUGAGAAGUUUACAAAGAAUUGGGAUUGGGCUUGUUUUAUCGGUUGUAGGUAUGGUGGCGUCUGCAGUUGUUGAAAAGAGACGAAGGGUAAUGCAUGGAAAAAUGACAGAAAUUUCCGCUUUUUGGUUGGUUCCUCAAUUUUUCUUGGUGGGAGCGGGUGAGGCGUUUGCUUAUGUGGGACAACUUGAGUUUUUCAUAAGGGAAGCACCCGAGAGGAUGAAGUCCAUGAGUACAGGGUUGUUUUUGAGUACUUUGGCUAUGGGGUAUUUCAUGAGCAGUGUGUUGGUGUCGUUGACAGAUAUGGCGACUAAUGGGAGUUGGCUUACAAAUAAUUUGAACAAAGGUAAAUUGGAGAAUUUCUAUUGGUUGCUUGCGAUUCUAGGAGCAAUAAACUUUUUCGCUUUUUUGGUUUUGGCAUCGAGGCAUCAGUAUAAAGUGCAAAACUUUAUUGGGCCUAAAAGUGAAAAAGAGAUUGAGAAUUGGGGUAUUGAAAUGGUUGAUGAUGUAGAAGUGAAGAAGGCUGUUAUGGGUGGGAAGGAAGAAGCUUAAGAGUGUGUGUUUGUGUGUGUGUUUAGAUAGUUUAUAUAGUUUUGGUGGUAGAUGUUUUAUGUUGAUUUGAGUUGUUUUUAUAUGAUUGGUGAAAAAGGGUAUUUGUAAGAUAUUAUUAAUACACACCCUUUCUUUGUAAUUCCCAUUCUCUUUAGCAUUCUUAAAUUGCAUAAUUGCAUAACUUUUAAUUAGUUUA